UAUUGAUCGAGCUUCCCUCUAUUAUGCAAAUUCCAGGACUUGGGUGUUCAUCAAGCAUAAUAGAAAGAAACAGAGAAAAGAGUACGUAGAACCAGAGAGACCUUAGGAGAACAUCAAUGGCUGUCAAAGUUUAUAUUGUGUACUACUCAAUGUACGGACAUGUGGAGAGACUAGCAGAAGAGAUAAAGAAAGGAGCUGAUUCUGUGGAAGGUGUUGAAGCCAAAUUAUGGCAGGUAGCUGAGACAUUGCCAGAGGAGGUUCUUGGUAAGAUGAGAGCACCACCAAAGAGUGAUGUACCCAACAUUACCCCAAAUGAACUCUCAGAAGGUGAUGGUUUUGUCUUUGGCUUCCCAACAAGGUUUGGAAUGAUGGCUGCUCAAUUCAAAGCUUUUAUGGAUGCAACUGGGGGUCUAUGGAAAACACAACAGCUUGCAGGCAAACCUGCUGGAAUCUUCUACAGCACUAGUUCCCAAGGUGGUGGACAAGAGACUACUGCGCUUACAGCUUUAACUCAACUGGUUCAUCAUGGAAUGAUAUUUGUUCCAAUUGGAUACACAUUCGGUGCUGGAAUGUUUGAGAUGGAAGAACUCAAAGGUGGAAGUCCAUAUGGUUCAGGAACUUAUGCUGGUGAUGGCACAAGACAGCCAACCAAGCUUGAAUUAGAACAAGCAUUCCACCAAGGGAAGUAUAUUGCCACCAUCACAAAGAAACUCAAGGAAGAUGCAUAA